AUGGAACCAUCACUCCGCAGAUGCAGUAACAGUCCCCCGUGCUCCAAGUCACCGGUGCGCACCAACGAGGGCUGGAAGCUCCAGUGGACGGUGCCGAGGUCGCGCGACGCCUACGUCAUCCACUCGGUCGUCCCGGGCCCCUUUCGCCAAGCGCGUCUUCUGAAAGCCGUGCCCUACGUCGUCCUGACAACGAAGGCUUCCCCGAGGGACGACCCGCUCCUUAGGCUCCGUACCGGCAUACCGGACCCGUGGCUGGAGUACCUCACCUGGAGGGAAGGCAGAGCACCGGGUAACGCGCGGGCGGCCUCGGAGUACGUCAAGCUGACCGACUACGUGUGGAACGAGCGGGGACUGCCGAUGCUACAGGGCAUCCCGGACCCGUGGAAAACCGGUUCGUCCAACCCGAGCCCCGGUUCAAUUUGUCGCCCCACAUAUGUGCAGCUCGACGAGGGGAGGAGGAGGAGGAGGAAGAAAGCCACCGAUCCCGGGAGGGGUGACUCGCCGAUGGGAGGUAAAAUCGGCGAGGCCAACAGGGAAGAACCGGCAAAGAGCAGCAGCGGGUUCGAGAGGGUCAGGAGGAGGCUGGAGAAACUGGACGACCAGCUGAGAAGGAGGUGCGCCGAGCUCGGGUCGAAGGAGCGUAGCGGGAAAAAAAGUAGGAACGACCAGCCCCGCGGUUUAGAAGCGCCCACUAGCUCCCGAGAGGGACUGGAGAGAGCCCUCAGGGGGAUAGAGCGCAGGAUCAAGGUGACGAGCGACGAGCUCGACUCGCCGGACAUGGCCUUGCUCGGGGUGGAGGAUCCACAACCUCGCCCAGCCACCAGGAGGAGGGAGAGCGAUGGUGGCUCGGGAAAGGUUGUGCAGUCGUUCGACCGGAGAGAAGAGCGGCUGUUCGUCAGGAGGAGCUUGCGCACCGCUGGGGAACAGAGAGUUGGAGAAUCGGUGGAGCGACGCGUGGAAGGUCGAGGCGGUGGUAGCGACAGGGAGGAGAGCGUCGCCGUGGAGUACUUUAGCGAGUAG